GGACAGCACGGUCCGCCGCCGCCCCAGCGCCGCUCGUCUCAGCCCGGCCGGCGACCUCUAAGCUCCGCACCCCGGGCCCGCCCCGGCGCCUCAGCCUCCGCCCCCAGUCCGUCUGCGACCCCAGCGGGGUCCCAGACCCCGGCCCUUCUUGAGGCCCCGCCAACCUCCGCCCCGGCCCCGGGCCCCCCGGAGGCCCAGCCGUGGGCACGAUGCUGCCCAGCUCCAUCCAGAUUUCGGGAGAACCGCUGUCAGGCGCCGAGGUGCGGGACAUCUGCCGCGGCCUGCGCGACAACGCCGUGCGCCUGCUCUCACUGCGCGGCUGCCGCCUCUGCGACCGCGACUUCGGCCGCAUCUGCCGGGCCCUGGCUGGGGCCACGUCCCUGGCGCAGCUCAACCUUAACCUGGGUGUCGUGUCCAGCCCCAGCCGCAUCAAGCAGUUGGCGGAGGCGCUGCGGACCAACCGCUCCAUCCAGUCCCUCUUCCUGCAUGGGAGCCCCUUGACGGAUGCGGGGCUGGCCUUGCUGAACCCAGCCCUGGCACUCCACCCUGCCCUUGUGGCUCUGGACCUGGGAGACUGCAUGCUGGGUGACGAAGCCAUCAACCUCAUCUGUGGCCUCCUCCCCCCAGAUGGGGCCAAGUCUGGCUUGAAGGAGCUAACACUGAGUGCCAACCCUGGCAUCACCCCUAAGGGCUGGAGCCGCCUUGCCAUUGCUGUGGCCCACAGCUCCCAGGUCCGCGUCCUCAAUCUGGAUUACAACCCCCUAGGUGACCAUGUGGCAGGGAUGCUGGCUGUAGCUGUGGCCUCCAGCCGUACCCUAGAAGUCCUAGACUUGGAGGGCACAGGGCUCACCAACCAGUCAGCUCAGACCCUGCUGGACAUGGUAGAAAAUUAUCCCACAGCCUUGAGGAGCCUGGUGUUGGCUGAGAACAGCAUUAGCCCAGAGCUGCAGCAGCAGAUCUGUGACCUCCUCUCUGAAGGGGAGGAAGAGGAGGAGGUCAUAGGAGGGGCAGGCGACACCCAGGAAUGGGAGAGAGGCCGGGAGCCUGCUGCCCACCAGAGGAGCAGUACCUCCUGGAUGUGCUCCAGCGAUCCCAGCUCUCACAUGGUGCUAAUGACGUCAGGACUAGGGGACAGUCUGUUGGCUGAGACCGAGAUGUGACUCUGCACUUGGACUUCUGCAUAUCAUUACAUUUGUCUGUCUCCAGCACCUCACCCCGGAUAUCAGGGUCAGGCCCUGGGCCUUGGGAGGGAGUGGGGGGCGGGGGUUGCCUGGGGCUCUGGCAGUUCCUGGCAGUGUGAUGGGAAGGAAGCUCUGGAUGCUGUGACUGGGCAACAGCCUUGGGGGGCACUUGAACCCAGGGCACUGCCUCUGGACUUGUUGGCAGCUCUAGCUGCAACCCGCUGGCUCGGAAGAGAUUUUAUGAAUUCCACAA